AAAUGCAGUACAAGUAAAGCUACUUUCAUGUCACUUUGUUAGAAUCAGUCAAAAAGUAAACAUGGCGGCGAUCGACGUUGAGCCUCAAAAAAUGGAGACGCUAAUGCGCACCCUGAAGCUGUCGGGGCACGUCGGUUUCGACAGCCUGCCUGACCAGCUGGUGAACAAGAGCGUGCAGAAUGGAUUCGUAUUCAACAUCCUGUGCAUAGGUGAGACAGGGCUUGGUAAGUCAACCUUGAUGGACUCCCUGUUCAACACCAACUUUGAAUCAGUCCCGAGUCCCCACAACCUGCCUACAGUGAAGCUGAAGGCACACACAUAUGAGCUGCAGGAGAGUAGUGUUAGACUGAAGCUGACUAUUUGUGACACAGUGGGGUAUGGAGACCAAGUAAACAAGGAGGACAGUUUCAAAGCCGUGGUGGACUACAUUGAUGCGCAGUUUGAGGCAUACCUACAGGAGGAACUGAAGAUCAAACGAGCCCUGCCUCAAUACCAUGACAGCAGGCUGCAUGUCUGUCUGUACUUCAUUUGUCCUACUGGGCAUGGCCUCAAGUCCAUAGACUUGGUGUGCAUGAAGAAGUUGGACACGAAGGUGAACAUCAUCCCCAUCAUCGCGAAAGCUGACACCAUCUCCAAGACAGAGCUGCAGAAGUUCAAGUCUAAAAUAAUGCAAGAGCUGCAAGCAAACUCUGUGGAGAUCUACCAGUUCCCAGUGGAUGAUGAGUCAGUGACGGAGGUGAACAGCGUGAUGAACUCACACAUUCCCUUUGCAGUGGUCGGUUCCACUGACUUCGUCAAGAUCGGGAACAAGACCGUGCGCGCCAGGCAGUACCCUUGGGGUACAGUGCAGGUUGAGAACGAGUCUCACUGCGACUUCGUGAAGCUGCGCGAGAUGUUGAUCCGCACGAACAUGGAGGAUCUCCGCGAGAAGACACACGCGCGACACUACGAGCUGUACCGCCGCCGCCGACUGCAGCAGAUGGGCUUCACAGACGUCGACGCAGAUAAUAAACCCGUAUCGUUCCAGCAAACGUUCGAGCAGAAACGCAGCGCCCACCUGGCGGAGCUGCAGCAGAAGGAAGACGAGAUGCGGCAGAUGUUCGUGCAGAGAGUCAAGGAGAAGGAAGCUGAGCUCAAGGAGGCGGAGAAAGAGUUGCACGCAAAAUUCGACAAACUGAAGAAGGAUCACACGGACGAGAAGAAGCGGCUGGAGGAGCUGCGCAAGAAGAUAGAGGACGACACCAUCGAGUUCAACCGACGCAAGCAACAAACUGCGCAGUCGCACCACACGCUCACACUCGGGAAGAGCAAGAAGAAGUAACGGGACACGCAACGCAUGCAACGUAACGCGCAACAUAAACAUGCAACCUCCGGCAGACGACGACUUCAUCUUUCUACGCUGAGAGUUCCAACUAUUGUCGUCUGCUCCAUAUUCAGUAACUCUACAAGAAGUUUUCAAGAUAACAACUAUAUCAGUAGUUAAUUAAUUGUGUGACAACUGAGUGUAGUUUUUUACAUUUUAUCGCGUGAGUAAAUAGUUUUACUUUACAAUUCUUAUGUAAGUUUUUACAAUUUACAUUUUCAAAUAAUAAUACGAUAGGACAAAUCUAUUUAAUUCAUGUUAAAACGUAAAAUCGUACGUAUAUCAUAUAUCUUGCUUUGAUUUAGUUUUUAUUUUGUCACAUUGUUCUUAUCUCUUUCUUUGUUUAUACUUUUAUCUGAAACUUUUAACUGUAUAGAAUUAUUAUUGUGAAGCGCAAAUUUGACCUAUUAAAAACGUUUGCUUUGCAAAUAAGUCAAAAUGAAUAUGCAAAUCUUGUUGAGUGUAGGUACUGGUAGUGUCAAAAUAGACAUUUUAAAUCAAAUCUAAAUCAAUGACACACCAGUGAUUGUAUGAUACCUAAGUAUAUC